UCACGAUUUCUUCAUCAAUCUUGUUGCUAAACCCCCGUUAUAAUCGCCAUUAACGCCAUUCCUCUCAACAAAUUCCCCAUUCCCAUCCAUGUCCGCCACCAAGCUCUUCGCAUUCCCGAUGGCCUCUCUCCCGCUCGCCACCGGAUCGCGCCGCUCGCAAGCCAGUUUCUAUGAUGUUCUCCGCGUCAAGAACAACGCCUCCUCUAUCGAGAUCAAGACCGCCUACCGGAGUCUGGCCAAGAUUUACCAUCCUGAUUCCGCGAGGAGAUCGGAGUGCGAUGCUUCUUCUGAUGAUGAUGAUUAUGGUGAUGGAUGCAGUUUCCUCGAGAUUCACAGUGCGUACGAGACGCUUUCGGAUCCGGAAACUAGGGCUCAAUACGACCUCGCUUUGGCUUCUUUUACGAGACGGCCGUUUCUUCGAUCGCGGUCUAGGCCGCACCGGCGAUGGGAAACGGAUCAGUGCUGGUAGGGAUUUGAUGUUGAUUUGUGAUGAUUUUGAUUUCUGUACAGAAAUGGUUUGAAUGUUCUUCGUAUUGGAGGAAUUUUUCGCGGUCUAGGCCGCACCGGCGAUGGGAAACGGAUCAGUGAUGGUAGGGAUUUGUUGUUGAUUUGUGAUGAUUUUGAUUUCUGUACAGAAAUUGUUUGAAUGUUCUUCGUAGUGGAGGAAUUUUUCGCGGUCUACUCCUUAUUUGAUGUGAUCUUAAUUCUGUUUCUGGAGUUGAAUUCUGAAGAACUUUGGAUCGAA